UAGCUUCGGGUCAAGUAGGCCAUGCAUUUAAUUCAUUUUUCCCAGAUUUUUUAUGCACAAAUAUGAAUUAAGAAUUAUAAUCAGUUCUUUCUUUCCUGUAAAUUUGAAGGUAGUAUAUAGCUUCUUAGUAGUAUUGAAUAAUAUCGAGUUUGCUAAUUUAAAAUUCUCUAACGCAAUUGCAACAAUGGGUUUCAUUUACCAAUGCAUUUGUUCAAUAACAAAACUCUUACAACGGUCUGAAAAACGGGCUUCUGCUUCCGUUUAGCUCUUUAUUAUGGUUUAGCUCUACACAUUUGUCUUUUUAAAAACUUUUAUGUUUCUAAAUAUAACUAUAAACUUCGCUCAUUAAUGAUCAUAAUUUGCGUGGCCUAAUGUGUCGACUGAUCGGUUGAUCGUCGUUUCAAGUUCUCGUUAGUAUUGUUUUACGUUUUGCUGCUAAAUUGGCCAAUAUUUUGGUAUAUAACAUGGUUGAUCUUGUGUCAUAACAUCAAACAGUCUAUCGACGUCUUCAACCAAGCACCAAGUUCUUCAAGAAAAAUCUUCAGAAAAAUGUUCCGUUUAAUUGUGGCCUUCUUUGCCCUGAUUGCCGUCGCUGUCGCAGCUCCUGGAUACGUUCAGGAUCAUCAUCAUUAUGCUCCUGUUGUAGCUGUUAAGCAUGUUCCUGUUGCAGUGGCUCCAGUUUAUCCUGUGGUAAAGACUGUGGUUCCUGUUGCUCCCGUUUAUCAUCAAUCUUAUGUUCCCGUUGUUAAAUCUUAUGGAGCUUAUGCUUCUCCCUACGCUCACUACUAUCAUGGUUAGAUUCCAAUGAAGCUUACGAAUGUAUGAAACUUAAU